AAACACCAGCUGCUUCACAAAGAAGGAAGAUGCUGUGAUUCAGCUGCCUCUCUUGUGAUGAGAUCAGUUUCUUGCUCUCCACUUAGAAAGCUAGACGCAAGUCCAGCACUGCAACCUAUUUUGUUUUCUUUUAAUUGUCUCACAGUAAGAGCAAAGGGAGUUUACUCCUCUUUUAAUGCUGUAUGCUUAGGGUAUUUGUUUUUCAGUAGAAAAAUGUGGAGAUGUAAGCAUGCGUAACCAGAAUCAAUGCCUGCUGUUUCUCGAGUCGUCUUCUUGUUUUGUAUUAUAGGCUGAUGGGACAGCAAUCAAUAAAGUGACUGUAUCUCUCUCUUUAAAAAAAAAAGAAGAAAGAAAGAAAGGAAAGAAGGACGGAAGGAAGAUAUACAAUCACUAUAUUUAGAGUUACGGCUUGGAAGCUUCCAUGCAAGUGCUAGCAAACUGUCUGGAGUGCAAGCUUCCCCUCCCGCUCUCCUUGGUGACUGGACUUUUCCAAGGAAAAUGAGCAAACAGUAAUAUUAUUUCCGUCAUUGCAAAAUGUUCAGCUGGCUGGGUCUUGACGAAAGGAGAAGGAAAGACCCUGAAGUAUUUCAGACAGUGAGCGAGGGUCUUAAAAAGCUCUACAGAACCAAGCUUCUCCCUCUGGAAGAGCACUAUAAAUUCCAUGAGUUUCACUCACCUGCCUUGGAGAAUGCAGAUUUUGACAACAAGCCUAUGGUCCUGCUUGUGGGACAGUAUUCCACUGGGAAGACCACCUUCAUCAGGUACCUUCUUGAGCAAGAUUUCCCUGGGAUGCGGAUUGGGCCAGAACCAACAACGGACUCCUUCAUUGCUGUGAUGCAGGGGGAUGUGGAGGGCAUCGUUCCUGGAAAUGCACUGGUGGUAGAUCCCAAAAAGCCUUUCAGGAAACUCAAUGCAUUCGGCAAUGCCUUUUUAAACAGAUUUGUGUGUGCUCAGCUGCCAAACCCAGUAUUAGAAAGUAUCAGUAUUAUUGAUACACCAGGAAUCCUGUCCGGGGAGAAACAAAGAAUAAGCCGAGGCUAUGACUUUGCUGCUGUCCUAGAGUGGUUUGCAGAAAGAGUGGACCGUAUCAUUCUCCUCUUUGAUGCUCACAAGUUAGAUAUCUCAGAUGAAUUCUCAGACGUCAUCAAAGCCCUGAAAAACCAUGAGGAUAAAAUGAGAGUAGUACUCAACAAAGCAGAUCAGAUUGAGACCCAGCAGCUUAUGAGGGUUUAUGGUGCUCUCAUGUGGUCACUGGGGAAGAUUGUGAACACCCCUGAAGUAGUUAGGGUGUACAUUGGUUCUUUCUGGUCACACCCAUUGCUUAUUCCAGAUAAUCGGAAGCUCUUUGAAGCAGAGGAGCAGGAUCUCUUCAGAGAUAUGCAAAGCCUGCCUCGCAAUGCAGCCCUUAGGAAACUGAAUGAUCUCAUUAAACGGGCACGGCUAGCCAAGGUUCACGCAUAUAUCAUUAGCUCACUUAAGAAGGAAAUGCCAUCAGUGUUUGGCAAAGACAAUAAGAAGAAAGAGCUUGUGAGCAAUUUGGGUGUGAUCUAUGGACGGAUCGAACGGGAGCAUCAGAUUUCACCAGGAGACUUUCCUAAUCUGAAGAAGAUGCAGGAGCAGCUGCAAGCUCAAGAUUUCAGCAAGUUCCAGCCUAUAAAGAGCAAGUUGUUGGAUGCCGUAGAUGAUAUGCUGGCCAAUGACAUUGCACAGCUCAUGGUGUUGGUACGCCAGGAGGAGAGCCACAGAUCUGUCCAAAUGGUGAAAGGAGGAGCCUUUGAAGGCACCCUGCAUAGCCCAUUUGGACAUGGAUAUGGUGAAGGAGCAGGGGAAGGAAUUGAUGACGCAAACUGGGUGGUGGCCAGAGAUAAGCCCAUGUAUGAUGAAAUCUUCUACACAUUGUCACCAGUCGAUGGGAAAAUAACUGGUGCUAAUGCCAAGAAGGAGUUGGUGAAGUCCAAACUUCCUAACACAGUGUUGGGCAAGAUAUGGAAAUUGUCUGAUAUCAAUAAGGAUGGGAUGCUAGAUGAUGAGGAGUUUGCUUUGGCUAAUCAUCUCAUAAAAGUCAAGUUAGAAGGCCACGAGCUUCCCAAUGAGCUUCCCGUCCAUCUCAUCCCUCCUUCUAAGAGAAAACUAACAGAGUGAGAGGCCACUAGGAAGGGACUUGAGGACAGAGGGAAACAAAGCUGUGCCCAUGGAGAUAGGAGGCCACCUUUUGGCUUAAAUCUAAGUCCAAUAAUUUCUCAUUGGGAUUUGCAAUUAAUUGUACCUAGGUAGCAUCCUUUCUUCCAGAUGUAUGUUGAUAAGAAUAAAGUGGUUAUAAGAACUGAGAGAGUGAGUUGGUUGUGAUCUAUAGAUUUAGUGUUGAACACCUCUGUCCUUGGUGCUUCAAGCUCAGAGGUUGGAAUAUUACAUUUUGAAAGGAACCGGGAAAAGUUGCCUUUCAUCUUUUAACUCUCAGAAUCUCCGACAACUUGGCUGAAGGUUUCUGGGAGCUGUAGUCCAAAAAAGGAAAUUCCUGAGCUGAUGUGUGCACAUGUAAUAAAAGUGCAUGCUUGCAAACAUAGAGCCAUGUUAAAAGGCAAAUUCACAGUGAGCAAUAUUAUGUCACUCAUGGUAGACUGUGCAUACAAAGAGGUAUAAAAACCAUUUUUCUGUUUUAGGUUUAGGAAUUUGCCAGGAAUAUUCUAAACUCAUACACGUGUUCUCCCUCUAAAAUAUCUAGUUGUAUCAGUCACAACCUCCAUGCUCCCCUAUCCUUCCAACACUCACUUUAAGUUUAUGUCUAGAAUAAAUAUUUUGAACAUUAACCAGACGGAUGGGUCAAAGUCAAGCUAAUUACAUCUCUUCUCCAAACCUUUAUUUUGUUGGUUUCUAAGGUGAAACUGUAGUACACACUUUGGUGUAAUAAAUAGAGUGACAGACUAGGUAUCUGGACUCCAGGAUUCAAAUUUCCACUUCACCACAGAAGCUCAAACUGGGAGAGUUGAACUGGUCAAACCACUCCUUUGAUAUCUCACUUUACUUUGUAAGCCCUAUGAGUGUUGCUAUAAGUCUUUUCUGACUUGAUGGCACAUAACUAGGGAAACUACAUUCCUUAUAGACUUCAGGUUGAUGGGGAAGAUGGAGAACCGGGCCCAAUUUAUCUCUUUAUUAAUGUUAUAUAGAGAAAUAUAUAUUCUGUAUGUGUUUAGACAUUCUUGCAGUGUAUGUACCAGUUCUUUUAAGAUAGUGAAUAUAUUAAACUUUUUUGU